AUUUUGAAGGUUGAUCAAGGUCUCACUCGUGGGGAUUUUUUUGGGUUUCUGACUGCUUCUCGCAAAAAUCUGCCUUACUGGGUUCCUGUAAAUUUCUGUGGUUUCCAUCAUUUUCAGUUAAUAUUAAUUAGUUCCUAGCAAAGAUUAUAUUAAAAUCCAAUGCACUUGUAAUUUAUGAAAAUGGAUCAUGAAUCUGGACAUCUUAAAGGGCCUUCUUCAUUGUUAUCACCUGUAUAUUUGGAAGGAAAGAAUUUAGUGAAAAACAAACUUUUAGAUGAACCUUUCACUAAAACUUCAUCAGCUUCCAAUACACUUUCUUCGCUCUCAUUAAAUAACAAAUCAUUAAAAUCAUCCAUCAAUCUAUCAUACACAGGUUCAAUCCUACAUUGUGAUCACGAAGUAACAGUCGGAUCUAAUGAUAAGCAUCAUGAGGAGAAAAAAACAAGUGUUCCAAGUUCACUUAAAUCAACUCCUAUUGACUGGUUAAACGACGCUAUAAUCAAAAUUUCAGAUACUAGUUUUCAAAAUAUACUAGAAUGUACGGUUGAUGAUUCUACGAAGAGAAAUUCUAUUCAUAAUACAUUUGGUGAUUUACUGACAUACGAACGCAGAGAUACCUACAAACAGCUGAAACUAGAGUUAAUUAGCUGCAUAUCCUCUUCUAUAGUCGAUGGCAGUCCAUCUAAAGAAAAGAAAAUUGUUUUGGGACAAUCAAUUCACUGUUGUAUUGAUAAAGAUCCAGAAUUUAUACUUAAAGCGGCUUUGUAUUGCCGUAGAGAGUUGAACAUACGUACAACAACCAAUAUGUUAAUAGCUGUUGCUAGCUGUAAUGAGCGGUCUAGAUCUUUUAUUAAGAAAUACUUUUCUUCGUGUAUUCGCACACCGUCAGACUGGAUAGAGGUUGCCGAAUAUUAUGCAAUGAUAAGUGGCAAUCCAAGUUUGAAAGGUAUGCCAAAAGUCUUACGGAAUAGUAUGACAUCAAAGUUCCUUGAAUUUGAUCAGUACCAACUUGCUAAACAUUCCAAAACCAGAGGAAGAGCUAAUCGUUCAAAGAAAUCGAAGGCUCUGAAAAGAAGCCAAAAUGGUGUAGUAGUCAGUAAGGAUAUCGAUGCCAUUAUAUAUAGAUUGGCACACUCACCUCGUAUAUAUUUUACAAUAAAGGAGCUUAUUCGUAGAUUGCAUAUAUCAAGGCCCAAGUUCAACGUUAUGUGCGUUCUGAGAAAACCUUACCCAUCGAAUAGUACUGAUUUUAUUCGUAUGGGACUGGAAGGAGAUUGGGAUUCAUCCAAAGCAGGUACACGUAUGAAGUUUCCUAUUCCUGUUACGUGGGAAACAGAAUUGUCACGCUAUAGAUACACGCCAAAUCCUUGGUCAAAACUUAUAACUUUAAACAAAGUCCCACAUAUGGCGAUGUUAAGAAAUCUGCGCAAUAUUUUGACGUCCGGUAUUGAGGAUGAUCUUCAUGAUAUAGUCUUAAAGAGGCUUACAGAUCCUCGUAUUAUUAUAGAAGGGAAGCAGUUUCCGUUCCGUUAUUUCUCGGCUUCUGAUACUAUUGAUAAACUUGAAAACAGAUUUCGUUUUCAGCGACUUAUAUCCCUUACCUUAGCUACAGACUUAUUGAAACGUAAGAGCAAUAAACCUAGGCUAUUGAAAAAAUCGGAAUGGUUAUUGAACCACAUAAAAUUUGCAGAAAGAGAGUGGAUCCGUUACGAUCUCGAGACUUUGGACCGAUAUAAAAAUGCGUUAAGUACCGCUUUAGAAGUAUCAAUGAAGCAUAAUUUGCCACCAAUAUGUGGUUCAACAUUAAUUAUUUGUUCUACUAGUAAAUAUGUCAAUCCUUCUAAACAUAGAUCAUCGAAAUCUUAUAUAAAAAUUCUAGGUUUCCUUCUUGGCGCAAUGUGUACGUCGAUAUGUGAAACACCUACAACCUAUGUUACAGUUGGUGAUCAAUACAAUUUAACUCCAAUUGAAGUUGUAUUAAAAAAAAAACAGACUUUAAAUAAUAACUCGAAGCAUAACAAAUCUCAAUCUAAACAUAAAAAUAUGGGCAUUCUAGAAAGAACAAAGCAAAUGUAUAAAACACGUGGUUCACUUAUAUCUACUCCAGUUACGACAGUUUUUGAGAAACUUUAUGCUUAUCGGAAACAGUUUGAUAAAAUUGUUAUCUUUGGAGAUUGUCAUAAGGAAAUUGUUGAUUAUGUUACGAAUUAUCGGACAUACAUUGGACCAUUGAAAGCAAUCUGGGGAAAUUUGAGUGGUGAAGACAUAUGGCCAAAAUCAUGUAGUAAAGAUGGUUGGAUUGAAUUCAAAGGGUGUACAGAUCAAAUUCUACGUUAUAUUGCUGAACCAAAUGAAGAUAAAUUACUUGAACGUAUUGAAAAAAUAGAUGAAAUCUAUGGAUUAAAUAAGAAUAUUUCACAUCACUUUAAUUUAAAAACCAAAAUACAAGAAAAUCCUGAUAAUGGUAUAUUAUCGAAACGUGAUUAUUUUAGAUCAGGAUGGAAAUGUUGUCAGUUGUUCAUUUCAUCUACAUUUCGUGAUAUGCACGCUGAACGUGAUCUAUUAUGUGGUAUACUUGUGCCUGCUUUACGUAGAAAUGUUGCAUUAGGUUUACGUGUACAUUUAAAUGAAAUCGAUUUACGUUGGGGUGUUCCUGAACCAGCUACAUACAAUUCACAAGUACUACAGAUAUGUUUAGAACAAGCGGCUGCUAGUGAUAUUUUUGUUCUGUUAUUGGGCGAUCGUUAUGGUUGUAUACCAGACGAAGCUGUAGUUAUGUCAUUACCUGAAUCAUUAUUAUCUGAAGUGUGCAAAUUUUAUAAACCUGGAAUGUCUAUGACUGAAAUGGAAUAUCAUAUGGCUAGACAAGCUGCCAUAUCUAAAGUCCCUAUUCAUGAAAGACGACAGCAGAAUACAAUAAGUUUUCAUGAGGCAAUACGUCUUCGAAUUUGUGUUUUCAUUAGAGAUUCAGCAUCUAUAGAAAAUGUACCAGAUGAAUUGAAACAUUGCUUUGAAGAGUAUGAUGUUGAAAAACGUAAUCGUCUUAACGCCUUCAAGGAAUUAAUUCGUAAUGAUGGUGUUAUUGUUAGUCAUAAUUAUUCAGCUCAAUUCAAUGGUUUGAUAAAUAAUUAUCCAAUAAUGGGAAAUUUAGAUGAAUUCGGAAGUCAAUUUUUUGCAACAGUUAAAUCUUUACUUCUUUGUCUAUUUCAUAAUGAUAGUGAUAGUACUCCAGUAUAUAAUAGUGAUAAUAAUUUGCCUAUAACUGUUAAUAAGUCAUUGAAUACUAUUGAAUUCUUACGAGAAUAUGUUUAUUCAGCUGCAUGUGCAAUUGGACCACGUCAUCUACUGGAAGUAGAACAAGCUUUUAAUGCAUUAACUGAACGCGGUCAUCGAGUUCAUCUGGCUCGUGCAAUUCAGUCAACUGAAAAGAACUUAAGUGUACGAAACAAUUCAAACUAUUCAACAAACCUUCAAGGUUGUGAUGGUAGUAUCCUUUUAAUUGUUGGACCUACUGGUAGUGGAAAAACUACCUAUUUGUCAGCUUUAACAAUAUCAUUGAUCGAAUCCGAUUGGUAUACAUCAUUUUCAACGAAUAACACAAUACAAAAAAAGUUUAAUUCUAAAUGUAUUUCAGAACAACGUCCAACAUUUGCUAAACAUCAAAUAUUUAUACAUUUCUGUAAUGGUUUAUCAAUAUCUGGUUUACCAUCGAAUAGAAAAUUGAAUGAAAUACUUCAAAAUUGGUUAAAUCUAUUAACUAUUCAACUUGAUAAUAUCUGUAAUUGUGAUGAUAUUCUUAGAAAAUUAUUUAAUGAAAUGAAAUCAUCUUUUAAUGUGAAUAAAAUCUCUUCUAAUAUAGAUUUAAAAUUUAAUAUUCAGUGCUUUGCACGUUUCAUUCAAUUUAUUGGUUACUUAAAUGAUAUACAGUUUGCCUUUUUAAUUGAUGACUCCGAUCAGUUGGAACCAAUGACCUUAGAAUGGUUACCACAAAUUUUACCGAAGAAUGUUCGAUUCGUUUUAACAUGUGAUUCCAAAUCAUCAGUUGCUCGUGAUUUGUGCAAUCGAAUUGAUUGCCAACUAUUAACUGUAUCUGGAUUAACUACACACGAACGUGGUGCAGCUGUUCGUAGUUUACUUGGAAAAUAUGGAAAAGUUUUAAGUGAAUCCGGUUUUCCAAAUCAGUUAUCUGUUUUAAUUCAAAAACGAGAAGCAAGUAUUCCACUUUAUUUGAAAUUGGCUUGUGAUGAAUUACGUUUGUACAGUAAAUAUGAACAGUUGGAUGCAAAAUUAAAACAACUGCCUGAUACAAUAUCCAGUUUAGUGAUAGAUGUUGUCAAACGAGUUGAAUGUAGUUGUGGAUCAGAUUUAACUCGCAUUACACUUGGUCUACUUACUUGCUGUCGUCAACCAUUGUCAACAGAAGAACUACAUAAUUUAAUUGAUGAAUGGUUAAUUGAAUCAUGGAUGGAACAACAGUUCAAAAAUGGUUAUACAGACUGUUGGCAAGAAUUAAAAGUACCAUUGGACAAUCUUGAUAGUAUAAUAUCAAAUGAGAAGAUUAUUUAUCGAAUAAUCAAUGAUCAAUUCCAUAAUAAAAAUAAGCCUACAUUAUCUAAAGGACAACCACAUUUGCCGUCGCUUUUAUUGUAUAUCCUAUUAACUGGUCUUCAUCCUUUACUCUCUGGUUUCAUUGAUGAAAAAGCUGAUAUUGAUGAAAUUGACAAUGAAUUACCGCCUGAUGGUUCUAUGCAAACAAUAAAACAACAAAAGCUUGCUAUAUGGAAUCUUGGAUCAAGAGCAUUAUCAUUUUGCAGUCGUGAAAUACACAAUCUAGUCUAUGAUAUAUGUUUUAAUCAAUCAAAAAACACUAUAGGUCAUGGAAAAUAUGAAUAUACUUUCAAAAAUAAUCAAAUGAGGAAUUUUAACAAACGUUCAAAACAUGAUGAAAGUAUGCCCGGUGAUAAAAUUCAUUUGAAGACAGUGACUCUUCAAACUAUACAUAAUAUUUUAGCUUCAAAAUUACGAAACAUGAAAGAUUUAAUUUAUCAUUUACAUCUUGCCGGUCGAUUAAAUGAAGUUGUUUGUUUACUCAGUAGUCCAGCGUUUCUUAUUCAUCAGAUUGAAUCUGGAUAUGGUUUGACAUUGCUAGACGAUCUGAAUAGAUACAUUACAACUACUGCACAUCAUCAAUCUGGAACGAACAAUAUUCCUACUUCAUUAGAUCUUAUGAAGGAUAAAAUUAUAACUAUGCAAAGGUUUCUUGCAUCGAAUUAUGAAUUGUUAAUUAAACAUCCGUAUUCAUUCGCUGAAUUGGCUAUCAAUCAAGAUGUUGACGAAUGGAUUCAUACAAUUGGAUAUGCAUGUUUACUUAGUUCAAAUUAUCAAGAGAAAAUCAAUGGUGACUCAUGUAAAAAAUUUUUCCGUAUUAAAUUAAAUACUAAUGACAUUCAAUCUAUCCUACCGAAAAUUAUUCAACCAAUUGCAAUUCAUAAACCAGUCACACCACUAACUGGUUCCCAAGAUAUCCCAAUCUCAAUUGAACUUGAUCGAACAGGUAAUUUAUUAGCUUAUGGAACUGAGUCUGGCACAGUUACGGUUGUCGAGGUUCAAUCAUUUAAGAUAUUAUGUUCAUUUCUUGGACAUAAUAUGCCAAUACUCAGUUUAUGUUUUAUUGAUGAUUUUGCCUCUGACGGUUCUACGAUCAGACCAUAUGGUAUGUCGAGUUCACAAUUAUGGCUAGUUAGUACUAGUCAGGAUGCUAGUAUACUUAUUUGGGAUUUAUCAAAUGUGAUAAACAAUGUUACAUGUGGAAUAGCAACUAGUAUCAGUUCCCAAGUGUCUUCUUUAAGUGGAUAUCAUCACAAACCUGUGACUGUAUCUGCUUGGCAUCCGAAACGUCGUAUUUUGGCUACUGGUGGUUUAGAUUGUUUAAUUUGUUUAUGGGAAGUUGGUGAAUUGGGAUUUGGGUCAUAUUUUACGUCGAAAUCAUCUGGUUGUAAAAAAAUUAAACCUAGUAAAAAUCUGAAUAUUAAAUCAUCGAUUAAUUCAAUUGCUUUUCGUUUACCGAAUUAUGCAUCGGAUAGUGAAGAAUCUAUUCCUUCUGAAUAUUUACGUGAUGUUAUGGCAGUGGGAUGUUGGGAUGGUUUUGUCCAUUUCUACAGUCUCAUAUCUAUGAAUUGGAUAAAGUCUCUUGCGAUUUCAACAUCUGCUAUUUGUUCACUGGCUUACUCGCCGAAUGGUGGCAGACUGUUAGCUAUUCUUGACAGAAAAGGUCAAAGUUUCAUUUUAAAUGCGAAUACAUUUGCAUAUCUAGGCCGGUUAACUGAAAAUGUUACUUUUUCAUCAAUUGAUGAAUUCACUUGUCUUGAUGAACUGCAUCAUUUAUUACCGAAUCAAAAGGGAGUAUUAUGUUUCUCUGAACCAACUGGACGUUAUCUCAUUCAAACUGGCGGUGGGUCAUCAGUUGGUCGAAUCAAUGUUUGGAAUGCUCAUCUCGGUGCACCUGAAGGUCCAUGGAUUAACGUUAGUCGCAAUAAGAAAAAAAUGAAACGAACUAUAUUUGUCACAACCUAUACUAUUGACAUAAGUGGAAAGUAUAUCAUAAUUGGAUGGAAUGAUGGUCUCUUCACUAUUGUUCUAAUGACCAAUGGUGAUACUGUAUUCAGUUCGGAUAAAUUAAUUCCUUUGAUAAACGAUAAUUCAUCUGUUGAAGCUAUCGCUUGUGGUAUUUCACCUUAUUGCGAUGAUACUAAUCUUGUCGUUGUUGGUUGGUCAUCUGGUGCAGUUAGGUUAUAUCACUUUAGCUUUAAGCCUGAAAUUAAAUCAAAACGAGAUGAUAACUCUACUGUUCAGCCUGAUAUACAUUCUAUUUGCAAUUUAUCCAUUGUACCUUUGUAUACUUCUUGGUCACAUUCUAUUGAACAUGCAGAGAAUGGGACAGGUGAAGCUGGUGGUACUCUAUGCGCAUCUGCUUCUAAUUCUAUCGCAGUUAGUGGAGGUGGGAAUUGUGAAGUAUGGGCGUAUUUUGUUGGUUCCAAGUUAGAAAAUCCUUUAGUAAGAUCAAUUUGUCUUCGACAACAUUAUGGUCAAAUAACUGCUGUCGCAGUACAAAUGAAUUUUAUAGCUACUGGCUCGAAAGAUAAAAAUGUAGCUAUCUACAGUUAUGAUUCAAAUACUGCAAAAGUAACACUUCAGUACAUCAUUUAUAAUGCUUCUAAAGAUUGGAUUAUAUCAUUGAAAUGGUCAUAUAUUCCGCAUAAAAUACACGACAGAAAACUAACAUUACUUGUUGGAAGUAAUGAUCAGUCAAUUCAUCUAUAUAGCAUUAAAUCAAAGAAAUAUAAAUUGAAACAAACACUUGUUUCAUAUAAACUUGGCAUUAAAUCACUUGAUUUCAAUUAUCCUUAUAUUUUUUCUGCUACAUCUAAUGGUCAUAUAAGUGUAUGGCGUUGUGGUCGAAAUGAACAUUUUGAACUUAUCAGUGAAAUGAUAAUAUCAUCACCAUUAGACACCUUGAACUCGAAUACAACCAAUGAGAAUGUAGUGAAUCUUAUUAAAAUUCAAUCAUUUGAAUAUACUCCUUGUUAUUAUUCAUCGAACAAUAAAAAUGUUAUCAAUUCUUACGAUGAACUAGAACCUCAUCAAAGUAAAGAUUCUGUGGUCGAUACUAUGGAUUCCAAUAAUAAUCCACGUUCAUUAUCGUCUAAUGAUAUUAAUAACAAUGAAGAUGACAGUUUACAGCAUCAGGAUACUACGGAUGAAAGUCUAGUUAGCGACGAAGAAAGUGUGAAAGGAACUUCUGAUCAGUGCUGUUUAAAUAAUGAUGAAUUCAUGGAUGAGGGUUCUGAUGAAACAUCAAGUCAAUGCUCAGAGAAAGAUCUAGUGAUUGUGAAUAAGUGUAAUAAUGUUGCUUUCAAUGGUGAUGAAUCAACAGGAUCUCACAUUUUUGACAAAUUUGUUAAUCGUCCUGGCUCCUUGUCAGAAUUACUUGACAAGACUAAUGUGAAACUUUUGAUUGGUCAAACAAUUUCCGAUUCACGUAAUAUUCAAGAGUUUCAAUUUCGAGUAUAUGAACCAUCGCUUACAGGAUAUCAUGCUACUCUAAGUGGUCAUGCUGGCUUAAUUCCUUGUGGAUUAAGUUGCACAAAACCUCUAAAUUCGAAUAAUGAUAAUACACUACUUAUCAGUGUAGCUGGUCAAAAUUGUGAUUCUAAAACAAUUGGCUGUGAUAUUCGACUUUGGAAUUUACCUUUAUCGAAUAGUUCUUUAUCAUGUAAACCAACUCUUCAACAUACUGGACCAGUUAUAUGUGCUAAUUAUCUGUAUGUGACAAAGAAUUUACAACUUUGUAUAACUGGUUCAGCUGAUGGUGAUUGUAUUAUUUGGGCUGCUCGCGGUUCAUCAACUUCUCAAUCAAUAAAACCUAUAACUACUGCUACCACUACAUAUCAACCAUUGAUGCGUUUAAUUAAUUCAGAUAUGAAACCAAGAUAUAGUAUAAAUAGUAUUGUUACACAAUCAUGGACAAUGAAUAAUGAAGAAAAGGAAAUAGAUUAUUUCAUUUUUAUUGCUUUCGGUUAUGAGAUUUUAAUAUUGCACAUACACCUUAAUCAUGAUAUUUUAAUUAAUAAAAUUGAUUUGGAAAAUAGUUUAUUAAAGUUAUUUUCAAAUGGAAAACCAUUGGAUAUAAAUAUUGUUGAAUUAAAUACAUUAUGGUCAAUUAAAACAAUUGAUGGUUAUGCUGAAAUACAAAGAUUUAAAACAGACCAUAUCGUUGUCGAAAUGUCUGCUUUACAUCAUGAACCAGUUAAUAUGAAUCAGUGUGGUGUUGUAGCACUUUUGUCCAAUGGUGAAAUUGUCAUUAUUCCAUUUAAACGUACAGACGAUGAACUCAUUCACCUUCGUGUCGGAGAUAAUCAUUGGUGCAGUUCAUUAUGUACAUAUCAAGAUGGUAUACUUGUAGCACAUAAUGGAUCAGCUUUAUUUCAUCCAUUUGAUGAUCAUAGUGCAAAUGUAUUCACACCACUUCGUGGAUCUAUCAAUAAUUUGGAAAAUAUCUAUAUUGACAGAAUUGAACCACUUUGUUUACCUAACGGAAAUAGUUUCAAGUUAUUUUAUAUUGUAACAAGCAAAUUAAAAUCUGAACCACGGAUUAUCUUCUUUAAUAGUGAUGAGCAUAUGCUAUUGAAUAUUUCGCUGGAAGAAAUGGAUUUACAAGUCACUGCUUAUUGUAUCACUUCAACUCAUCUUGACAAUGAAAAUUUAAUAGUGUAUUUAUUGUUGGCAACGUCGGAUAGUUUUCUACGUUUGUUGAAAUGUUCUAUCAAUGUUUGUAAUAAUUCGAAACUAAGCAAAUGGGAACAGAUCAAAAUUUAUCCAACUGGCGAGCAGAUUACGAAAUUGAUCACUUUCAAUAAAGAUCCUGUGAGGAUUAUGUGUUGCCUUCAGAAUGGUCAGAUUGAUUUUUACACAAUAGAACAAUAGUGUUUAUCUUUCAAUAAUCUCUGUAACCAUUACCUGUGAUGACGUAAUCUAUCUUUUUAUUCUCAUUUUUCUCUAUAAUGUAACUUAUUUUGUUUAAUGUUGUUAAUUUAACCGAUGAAUAAAUAAAUUGAGAAUAAAACCAA